AUGCUCUCCAACGAGAAGAUUGUGGCUUCACCGUCUGUGGCCGGGCCACCGACGGGUGAUUCGGUUCAAGAAAGCUCAUUGGCUGCAUCAACCCCAUGUGACACCGCCUCAGUGAGCACUGACGAUAUUCCAGUCGAUGACACCCGGACUGGUUCAUGGAAAGGGUGGGCAGAACUGGAGAACGAUCCGGUUAUCUUCAGCACUUUGUUACGAGAAUGGGGUGUUCCAAACGUCCAGGUUAACGAAGUGGUCCCACUAGAUAGUGUUUUCGAGUAUUCGCCGGAGAGCAUCUAUGGUUUGAUUUUUCUCUCUCGGUGGGCAGCGCCGGAGACAGAAAAUGCCACGAAAGAGCCUCCAGCAGGUGUCUGGUUUGCCAAUCAAACUCUAUCCAAUUCGUGUGCCACCAUCGCACUCAUGAACAUUGUCAACAACCAUGCAACGAUUAACCUGGGUGAGAAUUUGAAUGCUUUCAGAUCGAGUACAAUCGACAUGACGCCCAAGGACCGAGGCCUCGCUCUGGAUCAGUUCGACUUUGUCAGAGACGUGCAUAACUCUUUCGCCACUGAGUUCGACAAGAUGAACGUCGAUCUCCGACUUAAGCAAGACUUCACGUUGGUGGAGAGGAGAAGGAGAGCGGCCUCAUCCAAGCGCCCGCGCAAGAAACGCAAGGAAAAUGAGGAAGCUUUUGAGGAUGAGAGCGGUUUUCACUUUGUCGCCUACGUUCCAGCCGGGGGUGAUGUGUGGAGGAUGGACGGACUCGAAAGGCUGCCCCGUAAGCUGGGGUCCGUGAGCCAUGGAGACAGCUGGGUAGCGGUGGUUCUACCCGAGCUUCAAGCCCAGUUAGAGUCGGCUACGACCUAUGCCUUGGAGUACUCAUUGUUGUCACUGACCGCGAUGACCAAUGCUACCAGCUUAGAAGCAGACAAAGCGAAGAUGGGCAGGACGCGAGAGGAUUGGGGGCCAUUUCUCGCUCAGUUGGUGAAGAUACAUGCUGAAAAGGGUACCCUGAAGACGGCGCUUGUGUGA